UCCCCUUCCAGCGAUCACACACACACCUGGGCAGCAGCACGGACCGAUCCUUCGACGGACUCCUGCAGAUCUCCAGCAUGCCUUUGCAGAACCGAAAUCAGAUGGACCCGUCAGAAUCCCCGGUGUUGUCCGCGGCUCGCCCAGGCUCCAGUUUCCACUCACAGACACAGCUCCGUGGUUCCCGCGUGCCUCGAGGUCGCGCUCUGGCGCUCGCUCCUCUGGGCCACAAGAUGUUGGUCGGGGAGGAGGAGCGGUCGUCGAGUCGUGGGGUCGCCAACGAUGCCUUGCAGGUCAAGGGCGUCCCGAUGUCAGGGAACGACUCUUUGCCCUCGCCCCCGUCCAACUUCCAGAGAAAUACUGCCUUACCUCCCUUGGAUAUGGCUCCUCAGCGCGGCCGACAGCAGGGCUACCGCGCCACUAGUGCCAUCGACAACAAAGACAUGAGGAUGUCCUUCCGUAACCGCGGCCAUCUUGCCUCGGAGCAGAACCGGCCGAACACGACACAUGCCAUGAGG